CGGAGGUACCCUCGCCCGAGACCGCAUAUUCACUCAUCCUUCCAUCCUCCCUCCCUCUCUCUCUCUCCUGCUGCGGAGAGAAGACGAAGAAGCCCCAGUCUACCGAACCCCCACCAAGCAGCCAGCGCAGCCGAAAAACCAUGGCGGCCGCCAAUGCCCCGUCGUACCCUCCGCUGGAGGACCGGCCGAUCAAGAACACGAUCUGCUUGUUCGACGUGGACGGGACGCUGACGCCGGCGCGGCAGGGGGCGUCGGCGGAGAUGCUGGCGGCGCUGGCGGCGCUGCGGCAGAAGGUGGCGAUCGGGUUCGUGGGGGGCUCGGACCUGCGGAAGCAGGAGGAGCAGCUGGGCGCGCCGGCGGGGCGGCCGGUGGCGGCGCUGUUCGACUACUGCUUCAGCGAGAACGGGCUGACGGCGUACAAGCUCGGCGCCGAGCUGCCCUCCAACAGCUUCAUCCGCUGGCUCGGCGAGGAGCCCUACCAGGACCUCGUCAACUGGGUCCUCCGCUACGUCGCCGACCUCCGCCUCCCCCUCAAGCGCGGCACCUUCGUCGAGUUCCGCAACGGCAUGGUCAACAUCUCCCCCGUCGGCCGCAACGCCUCCACCGACGAGCGCAACCAGUACGAGGCCUACGACAAGGUCCACAAGAUCCGCGAGACCAUGGUCGCCGAGAUGCGCGAGCGCUUCGCCCACCUCGGCCUGACCUUCUCGAUCGGCGGGCAGAUCUCGUUCGACGUGUUCCCCGAGGGGUGGGACAAGCGGUACUGCCUGCGGCACCUGGAGGCGGAGGCGGAGAAGCCGGGCGGGGUGCGGUACGAGACGGUGCACUUCUUCGGCGACAAGACGGAGCCCGGCGGCAACGACUGGGAGAUCUACACGGACCCGCGCGUCACCGGCCACGCCGUCCGCAGCCCCGACGAUACCCUGCGCCUGCUCAAGGAGUUGUUCGACAUCUAACCGAGGCGCCGCGGGGGGAGGGGGCGGGGGAGGGAUAAGAAAAAAGGAGGCGAGGCCGGGGUUGGACGGACGCUCCGAUAGUCAUACGCUCCGACACACACACACACAUAUAUAUAUAGAUAUAUACAAAGAAGUAAACGCCGUACCUGGCUAGAUAUAUGAAGGCUGAGUGACGACCCUAGAAAGGAGCGGUGCCCGUGCCCUCUUCUCCUUCUUUUUCUCUCUCCCCCGUCCGAUAGAUUAAAAUACCCACGACAGAACGGAGACCCGGGAGUAUGCGCUCGAGUGAUGAUACGUAGGGAGGAGUGGCAGUAGCCGUACUGGCGAUGCGAGGAGGGAGAAGGCGGGGAGG